ACCUUGUGGCAAUAAGCAAGCCUCUGAAUUGCUGAGCUGGUUUUAAUUGAAGUGUGAAAGGAGGUUUUAAGGCAGAUAGACAACAUCCUGUUGUUCCGGCACUCCUCUCUCUUUUUCUGCACAUCUGGCUGAACUAGGAGUCAGGUGGCUGACUUGGGGCCCGGUUGCAGCAGCAGCGGCAUCUGCCUUCCACUGUCCCACGCCUCAGCGGCCUACGAGUCCACUAGGUCAUGGACGCAGUGGCCGUGUACCAUGGCAAAAUCAGCCGGGAGACGGGGGAGAAGCUCCUACUUGCUACGGGUCUGGAUGGCAGCUAUUUGCUGAGAGACAGUGAGACCGUCCCCGGCGUGUACUGCCUGUGUGUGCUGUAUCAAGGUUACAUUUAUACAUACCGAGUGUCCCAGACAGAAACAGGUUCUUGGAGUGCUGAGACGGCUCCUGGGGUUCAUAAAAGAUUUUUCCGGAAAAUAAAAAAUCUCAUUUCAGCAUUUCAGAAGCCAGAUCAAGGUAUUGUAAUACCUCUGCAGUAUCCAGUUGAGAAGAAGUGUUCACUUAGAAGUGCACAAGGUGCUACAGGGAGAAGAGAAGAUCCUGAUGUCUUCCUGAAAGCACCAUGAAGAAAAAUCAAAUACCUUGUACUUUAUUUUCUAUAAUUUAAAUAUAUGCUAAGUCUUAUAUAUUGUAGAUAAUACAGUUCAGUGAGCUACAAAUGUAUUUCUAAAACCAUCAUAGUCCUGUAAUGCAAGUAUCUAGUGUGAUGUAAAAGCUGAAAUGGACUUUGCCGAUAAUGUGGAGCUUUGAAAUAAGGUUAUUUUCAGUAUUAUUUACAAAUAGGAAAUGAUUUAAAGCAUAAUGAUACUUUAUAAAAGAUUAAUAUCAAUCCUUGCCAAAUAGAAAUUUAAAAAAUCCUGUUUUUUCUCAAAAGCAUCAUUUUUUAGUGAAAUAUUAUUCGACAGCUACUGAUUUUAAAAUGUCUUUCUUGAUUAGAUGGCAGGAAGCUGGUUUCUCGUCCCUCGUCUUUGUCAUGUGUGGUUCUAAUUAAGUAUCACGCUCUCCACUGGCUAUGGAGUUGUAGGGUGUUUGAGGAGUUAUGAAGUUGUGCGCUGUGUGUU